CACACAUCAGAAUUCACACAGGUGGAGAGCGUUUCAGAUGUGAGUCCAGUGGAAAGCGCUUCACCGAUAAAGGUUAUCUUAAUAAACACAUCAGAACUCACAUAGCUAAGAGUUUUAAAUGUGAGUCCUGUGGAAAAAGCUUUACAACAAAAGAAAAUCUUAAUAAUCACAUCAGAAUUCACACAGGUGAGAAGUCGUUCUCCUGUACUCUUUGUGGCAAAAGUUUUAUUAGAAAAAAUAGCUUGACAUCUCACUUGAGAAUUCACAGAGGGGAAAAGCCUUUUAAAUGUGUGUUCUGUGGAAAAAGCUUUGGCCAAAAAUGGUAUCUUCAUGCACACAUCAGAAUUCACACAGGUGAAAAGCCUUUCAGAUGUGAGUCCUGUGGAAAAAGCUUCACCGAUAAAGGUUAUCUUAAUAAACACAUCAGAACUCACAUAGCUAAGAGUUUUAAAUGUGAGUCCUGUGGAAAAAGCUUUAGCCAUAAAGGUAUUUUUGAUAGACACAUCAGAUUUCACACAUGUGAGAAGACGCUCUCCUGUACUCUUUGUGGCAAAAGUCUUGCUAACAAACAUAACCUGGCUUCUCACAUGAAAAUUCACAGAGGUGAGAAGCCAUUUAAAUGUGAGUCUUGUGGAAAAUGCUUUAUCCAAAAAUGUGCUCUUGAUAAACACAUCAGAAUUCACACAGGAGAUAAGCCUUUCAAAUGUGUCUCAUGUGGAAAAAGCUUUAGCCAAAAAGGUUAUCUUCAUUUACACAUUAGAAUUCACACAGGUGAGAAGCCUUUCAAAUGUGUGUCCUGUGGAAAAAGUUUUACCGAUAAAAGUACUCUUAAUAAACAUAUCAGAAUUCACACAGGUGAGAAGCCAUUCUCCUGUUCUCUCUGUGGCAAAGGUCUUUCUAACAAACGUAUCUUGACUACUCACAUGAGAAUUCACCAGGGUGAGAAGCCUUUCAAAUGUGUGUCCUGUGGAAAAAGCUUUAGCCAUAAAUGUGGUCUUGAUAAACACAUCAGAAUUCACACAGGUGAUAAGCCUUUCAAAUGUGUCUCAUGUGGAAAGAGCUUUACCAGAAAAGACCAUCUUAAUAAUCACAUGAGAAUUCGCACAGGUGAGAAAAGUAUUAUAUGUGUGUCCUGUGGAAAAAGCUUUACUCAUAAAUGUGCUCUUGAUAAACACAUCAGAAUUCACAUAGGUGAGAAGCCAUUCUCCUUUCCUCUCACUGGCAAAAGUCUUGCUAGCAAACAAAGCAUGAUUUGUCACAUGAAAAUUCCUACAGGUGAGAAGCCAUUCUCCUGUACUAUUUGUGGCAAAGGUCUUGCUAGCAAACAAAGCCUGAUUUGUCACAUGAAAAUUCACACAGGUGAGAAGCCAUUCUCCUGUACUUUUUGUGGUAAAGGUCUUGCUAGCAAACAAAGCCUGAUUUGUCACAUGAAAAUUCACACAGGUGAGAAGCCAUUUUCCUGUACUCUUUGUGGCAAAGGUCUUGCUAGCAAACAAAGCAUGAUUUGUCACAUGAGAAUUCACACAGGUGAGAAGCCUUUCAAACAUGUGUCCUCUGGAUAAAGCUUAAACACUUCAGAUCUCACACAGGUGACAAGCUGUUGUCUUGUACUCUUUGUGGCAAUAGUUUCAUUUUAAAGCUUAGCUUAGCUUCUCACAUGAGAAUACACAGAGGUGAGAAGCCUUACAAAUGUGGAUCCUAUGGAAAAAGCUUUACCCAAAAAGGCACUCUUGAUAAACACAUUAGAAUUCAUACAGGUGGGAAGCUGUUCUCAUGUACUCUUUAUGGAAAAAGUCUUACCAGCAAACAAAGCUUGAUUUCUCACAUUAGAAAUCAGACAGGUGAGACGCCUUUCUCUUGAACUAGGUGUGGCAAAAGUUUAAUCAAAAAGAUAGUUUGACAUCUCACAGAUCAACUCGUGAGAAAUCCAUUCAUGAAUCUGAUCUAAAAAGAAAGAUUUAUUGAUUCACAUAAGAAGUCACAUCAGUUAAACGGCCGAGGAAUGAAAAGGAGAGACCUUUUCAUGUUUUACACGUGAUAAAAAGCUGUAACACACCGAAACAUGUUUGUUUAAAGAGCUGAACAAGGUUCAAAUUGCUUAUUUUGUUAUAAUUUAAUAUUUUGCUGAUAUAUUACUGAUGAAUUUGAAUCUGCUAUAACUUGGUAAAAAGCCUUUGGCUUAAUAAUGUAUUACAGAAGUCUUUCACUUCUGUAGAAGUGCAUUUUUUUGUUGUCAAUUUUUUUAUUUUUUAUUUUUUACAUCUUUUAAAUAAAACUGUCAACAAAAACAUUAUUCGCUCCACCAUUUCUUGGCCAUAGGGAUAAAAGUAAAAAGUUACAAAUUGCAACUAGAACUUGUCUACCAAAAAGAGCGCAUUGCUGAAAAAUAUCAAUGGAUCAAGAUUGAAUGUGUUUCUGCACAAGAAUGGAUAAUUUGGAACGAAAGUCAAACCUUCUACAGAAAUUUGAAAUUUUUUCCAUUAAAUGUCAGAUUUACAAUCUGUGUUGAUAUUCACUUUAAAAUCAUAUUUUCUUUUAUGUUUCUGCUUUUUAAAGAUCUUUUACAGGUUACAUUUUCUAUUAUUUUUUUUCCCAUAGUUUUGUUUCUGAUUCUGUAGAUGUUAAAAUAACCUGGUGUCAUUUAGAGAAACUAUCGUCUGUUUUAUAGAACUAGAUUUUAUUGCAUUGUUUUCUGCACUGGAUGUUUUCCAUGAAUGUAUUCACUUCUAGAUUGAUGAACCAAGCAGAAAUAAAAACAUGGAUUGUAAA